AUGUCUCAAUUUAAUUCGAGUAUACCGACACAACAACUUCCAACAGACGAAAGUGGUUAUAUUGACGAGACUUUAACAAAUAUUUUCAUAAACCACAAUCAUAACAAUAACAACGGUAAUGGUAUUAAUAGAUCAUCACAACAAGACAUUAAUAUAGAAGAAGGUAUUAUUGAUGAUGAGAAUGAUGAUGGCAGCGAUAUUAUUGAAUUCGAGGAAGACUGGGAGGAAUUUGUUGAACAAUUACAACAAAUGUUGUUGCAUGGUCAAGAUUUAUAG